GCUUGUGAUAAUCAGCAUAACCCGAAAUGCUCCCCCGCGUAUUAGUGUGCGGUCAGUAUCUGCUUAUGUGCCAUCUCCCUUUCCCUCUCCAGCAUCUGAUAUCAGAAUCUCGUUCUCAUUUCCUCUCCUCAUUUGGGCCCGGUGGGCCGUAUGAAGGGACUGUCGCCUUGUACAGGCGCAACACAUCUUCUGCAGUCAUAGGAAAAUUUGACGCGCCAUUAAUUCACGCUCUAGCCGAUACGAGCAAGGUCCGCUGGAUCGCUCAGAGUAGCAGUGGUUAUGAUGAAAUCGACGUGCAAGCCUGCAAAGAACGGGGAAUAUUAGUGUCGAAUACUCCAAGAGCGAAUGAGGAUGCUACUGCUACUACCACUUUAUACCUUAUGAUAUCGUGCCUGCGGCGUUUCUCGAUGGCAGAACGCUCCCUUCGCUCUGGUACAUGGAAGACACCCUGUGAUGCAGCGCAAACUCACGACGUUACUGGGCGCACGCUUGGUAUCUUCGGCUUGGGUGGCAUCGGUCUGCGAUUCGCUCACCUUGCGCACGCCUUCCCGAUGCGCAUCAUAUACUUCUCACGAAGGAAGGCAGAAUCCGUACCGGACUGGUGCGAAUAUGUCUUAAGCCUGGAGGAGCUGUGCAAGCAGGCUGACGUACUGAGCAUACACGUCCCUUUAAACCAAUCCACAACUGGUAUAAUUGGAGAGAAGGAGAUCAGGACCCUGCGACGGGGAAGUGUGCUUCUCAAUACGUCACGAGGACGAAUAGUGGACCAAGAGGCGAUGAUACGAGCGCUGGAGGACGGUCAUCUUUCAUCAGUCGGCUUGGAUGUAUACCCCGAUGAACCGCGCGUAGAUCCGCGCUUGUUGACCUUUCCGCAAUGUACGCUUCUGCCGCAUAUUGGGGGAGUAUCAGCGGAGUCAUCGAGGGCAAAAGAACUGCAAGCAUUGAGAAACUUGAAAGCUUUUGUACUGGGUGGCAUCGGGGAAGAUAUUGUCCCUGAGCUGAAGACGGGAAUCGGCAACUCGACUAUGUUGUAAAGCAGGCUGAACAAGGCAUAGCAUAGAAGGAACAACCGCCUUCCCUCGUCUAAUGAUAUAUAAUGGAGAAGAUUGAUCACUGCAAGCCACGCCAUUCA